AUGACGACAAUAAAUGUUCUUGCAACUGCGACGAAUGACAUAAACAACAACGGCAACAUUACAAACCACUACAACAACGACGACGAUGACGCUAACAGAGGCAACAACAAUGAAAAUUAUGAAAACAACAACAACAACGACGGCGACAACAACGACGAUUACAACGAUACUCAUAAAAAAAUUAAAGUCUUUUCUACAAAGACAACAGGGAAUCCAUUUUUUAAUCAAUUAAAAGUGAUUAUUAAAGAUAUUAUUUCGGGGUAUUCAAGGAUAGAAACAACAAUGCAUUCAACUGCACACAUUAUUCUGUACCUGGCGAACAUCACAGGACUGUUUCGAAUUUUGACUUCGAGUGUUAAAAAAAGUAGUGCUAGUGAAUUAUAUUAUUACUAG